AUGAUCCCGGUGGCCGAGUUCAAGCAAUUCACGGAACAGCAGCCUGCGUUUAAGGUUCUCAAACCCUGGUGGGAUGUGUUGGCUGAGUAUCUCACCGUGGCAAUGCUCAUGAUUGGGGUCUUCGGCUGCACCCUUCAGGUGACGCAGGACAAGAUCAUCUGUCUCCCCAGUCAUGAACCACGGGAGAAUCUAUCAGAGGCCCCGUGCCAACAACUAUUGCCUCGGGGUGUUUCUGAGCAGAUGGGAGGCCUCCGGGAGUUGAGUGGCCUUAAGAACAACUUGGACCUACAGCAGUAUAGCUUCAUUAACCAGCUGUGCUAUGAAACAGCCCUCCACUGGUACGCCAAGUACUUCCCCUACCUGGUGGUCAUUCACACGCUUAUUUUCAUGGUCUGCACCAGCUUCUGGUUCAAGUUUCCUGGCACCAGCUCCAAGAUUGAACACUUCAUCUCCAUCCUGGGCAAGUGUUUUGAUUCCCCAUGGACCACACGGGCCUUGUCUGAGGUCUCUGGAGAGAACCACAAGGGCCCAGCUGCUGGACGACCUAUGGCAAUUGUGGUGGCUUCAGCAGGGACUGGGCCAGGAAAGGCAGGUGAAGGCGAGAAGGAGAAGGUGCUGGCAGAACCUGAGAAGGUAGUGACAGAGCCUCCCGCUGUCACCCUGCUAGACAAGAAGGAGGGCGAGCAGGCCAAAGCCCUGUUUGAGAAGGUCAAGAAGUUCCGAGUACACGUGGAAGAGGGUGACAUCCUCUACACCAUGUACAUUCGGCAGACAGUGCUCAAAGUAUGCAAGUUCUUUGCCAUACUGGUUUACAAUUUGGUCUAUGUGGAGAAGAUCAGCUUCCUAGUGGCCUGCAGGGUGGAGACCUCAGAGGUCACUGGGUAUGCCAGUUUCUGCUGUAACCAUACCAAAGCCCACCUCUUCUCCAAGCUGGCCUUCUGCUACAUCUCUUUCGUGUGUGUGUAUGGAAUCACCUGCCUGUACACACUCUACUGGCUCUUUCACCGGCCCCUCAAAGAGUACUCCUUCAGAUCUGUGCGGGAGGAGACAGGCAUGAACGACAUCCCUGAUGUUAAGAAUGACUUUGCCUUCAUGCUGCACCUCAUCGACCAGUACGACUCACUCUAUUCCAAGCGCUUCGCUGUUUUCCUCUCUGAGGUCAGCGAAAGCCGCCUGAAGCAACUCAACCUCAACCACGAGUGGACACCUGAGAAGCUUCGGCAAAAGCUGCAGCGCAACGCAAGGGGGCGGCUAGAACUGGCGCUGUGCAUGCUCCCUGGACUGCCUGACACUGUCUUUGAGCUCAGUGAGGUAGAGGCACUCCGGCUGGAGGCCAUCUGUGAUAUCUCUUUUCCCCCAGGGCUCUCCCAGCUGGUGAACCUCCAGGAGCUCAGCUUGCUCCACUCGCCUGCCAGGCUGCCCUUCUCCUCCCAGAUCUUCCUGCGGGACCGCCUGAAAGUGAUCUGCGUCAAAUGUGAGGAGCUCCGCGAAGUGCCCCUCUGGGUGUUUGGGCUUCGUGGCUUAGAGGAGCUGCAUCUAGAGGGGCUCUUUCCUCCGGAGUUGGCUCGGGCUGCAACCCUUGAGAGCCUCCGGGAACUGAAGCAGCUUAAAGUGCUGUCUCUACGCAGCAAUGCCGGGAAGGUACCAGCUAGCGUGACCGACGUGGCUGGACACCUGCAGCGACUCAGCCUGCACAAUGACGGAGCCCGUUUGCUUGCCCUCAACAGCCUUAAGAAGCUGGCGGUACUGCGGGAGCUGGAGCUGGUGGCCUGUGGGCUGGAGCGCAUCCCCCAUGCCGUCUUCAGCUUAGGUGCUCUGCAGGAACUUGACCUCAAGGAUAAUCACCUUCGGUCCAUUGAGGAGAUCCUCAGCUUCCAGCACUGUCGAAAGCUAGUGACGCUCAGGCUGUGGCACAACCAGAUCGCCUACAUCCCCGAGCAUGUGCGGAAGCUCAGGGGCCUUGAGCAGCUCUACCUCAGCCACAACAAGCUUGAGACCCUGCCAACGCAGCUCGGCCUGUGCUCUGGCCUCCGUUUGCUGGACGUGUCCCACAAUGGGCUGCGUGCCCUGCCACCUGAGGUGGGCCUCCUGCAGAACCUGCAGCACCUGGUCCUCUCCUACAAUGCCCUGGAAGCCUUGCCCGAUGAGUUGUUUUUCUGUCGAAAGCUGAGGACAUUGCUUCUGGGCUAUAACCACCUAAGUCAGCUCUCUCCCCACGUGGCAGCCCUCAGGGCCCUCAGUCGCCUGGAGCUUAAGGGCAACCGUUUGGAGGCACUACCAGAAGAACUUGGCAACUGCACAGGGCUGAAGAAGGCAGGGCUGCUGGUGGAGGACACCCUUUACGAAGGGCUGCCCACAGAGGUGCGAGAGAGGAUGGAAGAGGAAUGA